UGUUUGGAACUCAUGGCUGAACCAGAUAUAUAUAUAUAUAUAGAUAUAUAUAUAUAUAUAUAUCCUUUUUUUUGCCAACAAUGUAUAUUGAGCAGUUAGCUAUCCAGCUAGCUAAGUAUAUUUUAAAUUAGUCUGCAGUCGCUGAUCCAGUUGCACGGUGCUGUUCUGUGAUGGGUGACCGGGCGCUACCUGCAUGGAUGUCAAAAGAAUUUAGCCAGGAAGAUGUGGAACCCCAGCAGUCAUGUUGUAUGUACAAAAAGAAUAUACUAGAAGCUGAUCUUCCUCACCUAGAGUUUACUGGCACUGUCAUAUACAGCCAGGAGAAAAAUGAUUGCUCGUUUUUAUCAGAGGAUUUAAGGUCCAGUCUUGCACCUGGCUCAGCCGUGGGGUUUGAUUUAGAAUGGCCUCCGAGUUUCACUAAGGGGAAGUCUAAGAAGGUUGCUUUGGUCCAGCUUUGUGCAACAGAGGAGAAAUGUUACCUCUUUCACAUCUCCUCAAUGUCAGGAUUCCCUCCUGGCCUUAAGAUGCUCCUAGAAGAUGAGAACAUCAGAAAGGUUGGGGUGGGCAUUGAAGGAGACAAGUGGAAGCUACUGUCUGAUUAUGACGUUAAGAUGAAGAGUUUUGUAGAGCUCUCUGAUUUGGCAAAUGAUAAAUUAAAGUGUAUGGAGAAAUGGAGUUUGGAUGGACUGGUUAAGCACUUAUUUAAGAAAAAGCUCUUCAAAAAUAAUGAUGUUCGCUGUGGCCAUUGGGAUGACUUUGAGCUGACACAGGAGCAAAAGCACUAUGCUGCAACAGACGCCUAUGCUGGUUUGAUAAUUCAUCAGAAGCUAGAGAAAAUGGUGAACUCUGGUACAUUGAAGGCUCCAGCUUGCUUGAGGCAGGAACUCAUUCGAAUUAGCAGAGAACUAGUAGAACUUGCUGGUUGCAUUCCUGAUGGACUCAACUCCAUAAGCAGAACUCAAAGGCUAGUAGAAGACAUAUCUAACAAUGUUGCAUGUCUACGAGACCUUCUGAAAUGCACGACAGACAUGGCAGAGGUUACAGUAGAAGAAUGCUCCUCAAAUGGCAGUAAGGAUCGAACCGUUUACAUCCAGAAUGCUAAGACCAAUGCAAUGGACUAUGAAGCUGAUCAGAAGAAUAGAAAUAGUAAUUUAUCUGGUGAGCAAACUGUGAAGCCAUUUGAGCAAGAUGGAAAACCCAGUGCUGAGAUGGUUCAGAGAGAAUGUGUCAUGUCGUUGGAUAUUUCUGAGUAUGAACUUCAGAUGUUGGAGAUGAUGGCCAAACAGGAAGAACAGGAAGAACAAUCAAUUUUGGCCUUCAAGGAGAAGGCAUCCAUGGAGAACUCGGUGGACCUCUCCUAUGAAGCUGAAAGUGAUAAUGAGCUUGAUAAUGAAAUGAUUCAGUGUGCUGAAAAACUGGAGAAAUUGGAUAAAAGUGCCGACUUGCAGCCUAAUGAAACCCAGUCCAUUGCUGAGGAUGAAGAUGAGGAUGUUGAGGAGGAUGAGGAAGAAGGCUUUGAUCCAAAUCUUCCACAGCCAGCUCCUGAAAUGAUUAAAUGUCUGAAAAUGUAUUUUGGACAUCAAAAUUUCAAACCGGUACAAUGGAAAGUGAUUCAAUCCAUUUUUGACCAUAGGAGGGAUAACCUUGUUGUCAUGGCAACUGGUUAUGGAAAGAGCUUGUGCUUCCAGUUCCCUCCAGUCUACUGUAAAAACAUAAGCAUAGUUAUAUCCCCUCUGAUUGCUCUGAUGGAGGACCAGGUGAUGCAGCUCCGAAUGUCCAAUAUACCCGCUUGUUUCCUUGGAUCGGCCCAGACCCAAAAUGUCUUUGCGGACUUAAGAAAGGGGUGUUUUAGAGUUGUAUACAUGACACCAGAGUUCUGCUCAGGAAAUAUACCUUUGCUUCAUGAACUGAAUGACUCAACUGGUAUCGUGCUGAUCGCAGUGGAUGAGGCGCACUGUAUUUCACACUGGGGGCAUAACUUCAGAGGUGUUUACCGAGACCUUGGCAAACUGAAGAGAAGUCUCCCAGAUGUUCCUAUUGUGGCUCUCACAGCCACUGCCAGCUCCUCUAUUCGGCAGGACAUAGUGAAGAGCCUCCACUUAAAGAACCCUUUGGUCACCUGCACCUCUUUUGACCGGCCCAACCUCUAUCUGGAUGUAACGCGAAAGACUGGCGACAUCAUCCAAGACCUUAAGCCCUUACUGGUAAAACAGACCUGGGGUGAUUAUAAAUUUGAGGGGGCGGCCAUUGUGUACUGCCCAUCUAAGAAGGAGACAGAGAGAGUGGCAGCUGCGCUGGCUAAGCUGGGCAUUCGAUGUGGGGUGUACCAUGCAGGCCUCAGCAUCCAGAAGAGAAAGGACACCCAGUACCAGUUCAUGAGAGAUGAGAUCCAGUGUGUGGUGGCUACUAUAGCCUUUGGCAUGGGAAUUAAUAAGCCUGAUAUUAGAAAGGUCAUCCAUUAUGGAGCUCCUAAAGAGAUGGAGUCCUACUAUCAAGAGAUGGGACGGGCAGGCAGAGACGGAAUGCCCAGUGCCUGUCAUGUCUUAUGGCUGCCUGGGGACAUGUGCCUCAACAGGUUCCUUCUCAUCCAGACGGUGAGCAAUAAAUUUAGGGGCUACCAAAUGGAAAUGAUGGCCAAGAUGGAGAAAUAUUUGAAAUCCACCAAGUGUAGAAGGAAGUUAAUUUUGUCACAUUUUGAAGACAAGCAACUUAGGAAAAUCACUUCAGGUAUAAUGGGAACCAGCAAGUGUUGUGACAACUGCAAAUCUGGGAGCAGUUUGGGCCCCAUCGGAGGGCAUCUGGAGCCAACCAUGCAGGACUUUGGGCCACAUGCCUUCCAGCUGAUGGGGGCAGUGAGCGCCAUGGGGGAGAGGUUUGGUAUCACUGCUCCAAUUCUCCUGCUGCGUGGCUCAAACUCUCAGAAGGUUCCUGAUCGCUUUCGUCAGCAAUCUUUGUUUGGCGCAGGGAGGGGGAUAUCAGAAGCCUGGUGGAGGGCUCUCAGUCGGGAGCUCAUUUUUGAGAAGUACCUGAUGGAGAGCACUGGCUGCAAUAAGUUCACCACCCUCUGCAAACUAACUCCCAAGGGCAGAUCAUGGCUAAGUAACAGCCAGGAUGAAAAACACAGAACCCUCUUUCUUCAUCCCAACAUAGAUCUGUGUCCAAGAAGUGUGUCAAGGGGAAACCAGGACUUGGGGCCCUGUAAGGCUGGUGUUCGAGACUGCUGUCUGCCAGCUCCUACUCAGAGUGCAAAUCUCAGCUCUCCGAUAGGUGUCGCAUCAUAUUUCAGGUUAGAACCUGGGCCAUCCCAUACCUCUUCAGCCAAGUCUCAGCCACCAGCUGUCUCAGAUAGAGAGAAACACUUGCAGACUGAGCUGUAUGGCAAAUUGGUAGUUGAGAGGCAGAAGUUAGCCAGCAUAAAAGAUGUUCCUCCAGCCAUUUUGGCCACCAACAAAAUCCUCUUGGAUAUGGCCAAAUUAAGGCCCUGUACGGUUGCCAGGCUGAAGAUGGUGGAUGGCGUGUCGGAGGCGAAGGCGGCCAUGCUGUCCCCUCUGCUCCAGAUGGUGGCUGAGUUCUGCCAGGCCCAUAACCUACAGGAGGUUGCAGCUGAACUCAGCUCUGCCACUCCCUGUCCUGGGCAGACGUGUGGGACGCAGGCAGCAAUUGCUUUUGCUCUGCCCCUCACAUACAACGUGGCUGUGUCCUACAGACUUUUCCAGACUGAAGGCAAAAGCUUGUGGCAGGUGGCCGAUGCUCGUAGCCUUCCUGUAGCCGUGGUGGAGUCCCAUUUGCUACAGGCUCAGAGAGCAAACCAUCCAUUACACACAGAGCGAGCUGGCCUGUCCCCGUCCAUAUACAACACCAUCACGCGCAUCAUCUCCUCUCCUCCCCUCAGCUCAAAUCUCAGUGACUUUAGGAGCAUUCGAGCUUUGGUCCCGGAGGACAUCAGCACUUUCCUCAUCCGGCUGUGCGUUGCUAAGCUCCUGGCAGAGGGCGUUCCUCCCAGAAGGCUGCCUGCCAGCACCCCUUCAGAGGACCACCACCUCAGCUGGAUAGAGCCUCAGGAAAAGCCUGUUCAGGUGGCCAGUGCCAGUACCGAUGCCCCUGUCAGGCCCAGCCUCUUGGCAGGAGAGGAAGAGCCGGAGCAGGGUAGUCUAGAGAGGGAAGAUGAGCUCUUCAGUGAAGUGCCCAUGCCUGAGGAUUCGGCUUUGCCCAGCAGCAGUGGCCAGGCCUGCCCUGCUGAGAGGCCAUCGGGAACAAGGCCUCACAUGGCUGCCAUGGAGCUGGCCUCCUGGAACCAGCAGAACGUUGACCAUGACAAACAGGAUCUGUUCAGCGAUUCUUCAGUGAAGACCGCAAACCAGCCGCCGAAGAGGAAGUUACCUGACUGGGCAGGAUCACAGGAUGACUCCUUUCAUACUGCUGCACCAAAGAUCACCAAAAAAAAGAAAGGACUUUUCCUGUGACAUUUAAUGGCCCCACAAAUUGUACAUAGGUUUAUUCACAUAACAUUUGAAAACUACUCCAAAUUAAUGCAGAUUAAAUGCAUUAAAUGCAGAUUUGUGAUAUUUUGUUAAAUAAAAUAAUUAUUUCUUCUAUA